AUGGAUCAAUGUAUAUACCAGAAGGUUAGUGGGAGCAAAAUUUGUUUUCUUGUUUUAUAUGUGGAUGACAUUUUGCUUGCAAUCAACGACAAGGGUAUGUUAUAUGAGGUGAAGCAAUUUCUCUUGAAGAACUUUGAUAUUAAGGAUAUGGGUGUAGCAUCUUAUGUCAUAGGCAUUAAGAUUCAUAGAGAAAGAUCUCGAGGUAUUUUGGGUUUGUCUCAAGAGACCUAUAUCAAUAAAGUUCUAGCGAGAUUUAACAUGAAAGAUUGUUCACCAAGUGUAGUUCCCAUUAUAAAGGGUGACAAACUUGAAUUAAGUCAAUGCCCGAAAAAUGAUCUUGAGCGGGAACAGAUGAAAAAUAUUCCAUAUGCUUCAGUUGUCGAAAGUCUUAUGUAUGCUCAAGUUUGUACUAGACCUGACAUUGCAUUUGCAGUUGGAGUUUUAGGAAGAUAUCAGAGUAAUCCAAGUGUUGACCAUUCGAAAGCUACAAAGAAAGUAAUGAGAUAUCUUCAAGGAACAAAAGAUUUCAUGCUCAUGUAUAAACGAACUAAUAAUUUGGAAGUGAUAGGCUACUCUGAUUCAGACUUUGUUGGUUGUGUUGAUACCAGAAAAUCUACAUCUGGCUAUGUUUUUAUGCUAACUUGUGGAGCUGUAUCUUGGAGUAACAAAAACCAUACCUUGACUGCUAGUUCUACUAUAGAGGCUGAGCUCAUUUCUUGUUUUGAGGCUACUUCACAUGGUGUAUAG